UUGUUCCAGAAGACUUUAUCAACCAUCGAAUGAGGAUCGAUUUGUGUGAUGAGCAUAAAAGCAAUGGGAUCCAUGAGCAUUACAACAUCGGCUCAUGGAGACUGGGCGGAGCACGGAGUGGUCCGCGCGCUCGGACGAGAUUCCAAGGAUGGAUGAAGGAAAGAUCGUUUUGAUUGGUAAUGAAACGGAUGUGCUUCACUGCGGUUAUAGUCAUGCUAUAUCAGAUGCUGGCAAAAGAUAUCCCAGUGCAGUGCACUACACACAUUCUAUGAUAUUAAGCCAACUUGGGGUUGACGAGAAUGUAAUUCUAGAGCUUUUAUGUACAUCAGCAUGUGAUGUUCCAUUGAAAGCUCGUCAGCUGCUAUUGGAAAAUAUGCCUGCCGGACAUGACAUGAACUCUUUGGCUUCGUAUCUACAGAGCAGUAAACAAGCUUAUUCUAUGCAAGGAUUGAGAUUGCGAGUUGAACAAGAUAAACUAUUUGAAAGAGCGCUUAUGAAUACCAAAGAUGCCUUGCUCAUAGUUUGUGACCCUCGAGACAAAGAACUGGGAAUAGGCAUGGACGAAAAUCAGUUCCUUGAUUGGAUGGCUCGUGAAAAAGCGGAUUCACAGAUGGUAGAAUUUUGGAUGAAAAACGAGACUGCAAAGCCAGCUGCGCUUGGAGGGAAUCAGAUGGGAUUUUUCCUCAUGUGGCUACGAUUCGAAGUGCGCGAGAAGCGAAAAGCUGCUAUGUUGAACAGACAGCCGUUGGAAAUCGAGGGUCUGUCAACUGACAACGAUGAUAAUCCUAUUAAAAUCAAAGUCAACGAUCAGAUUAUCUCGUUGCAGGGCAUAUUUCGCCCUCUGAGUAACUAUUAUCCCUUACCCUUCGAGAUGAAAGGAGAGCGAUAUCGCUCAGUUGAACAUUAUGCUUAUGAAAAGUUGUUUAUUGCGCUCAAACUGGAUGACAAGAGCAUAGAGAAGAUCCAGACCACAGUUUUGCCAGCGGAUGUUGCAGUUAUGGCUAGGAGAUACUUCAAGAAGCAUGAGAUCCCCGAGUCAGCUGUUGAAGCAAAAAUGUCAAAAAUGGAUAGGUGGAGGCAGUCUGCCAUGAAGCACAAGAUUGCACAGAAUGAAUAUCUGCAACAGCUCUUGCUCAGUACCGGAGAUGCUCUUUUGAUCGACUGCUGCGAAGGCGAUCCUAUGUGGACUUGCGCUUCAUCUGAGAGAGAAAUGCAGCGGUUGCUGACCAAGCCGUAUGUGGGGCCAGCUGAUCUCAUUAAGUGGAUGAGGAAUAAGGAUGAUAAAACUCCGAAGACACUUGCUCAUCUUGUUGGCAAUAAGACUGGUUUGUUAUUGAUGGAGCUUCGUGUGAAACUAGCAUCACAAACAGAAAGUCGAAUUCCAUUGAUAUCUCACUUCAAUACUGCGAGCUUGUCGUCGAUCGUUAGCGCAAAUGUGAUUUGUUUCACCGCGGAGUCCGUUUUUCAUCCGCUCUAUCCAGCAGAGAUUCGUGUCAUUGAAGGACAACCGCUCUUUGCUUCGCCAGCUCACUUUGUAGCAAGUCAGGCAGUAAAGUACCUUGGAUUUAACACAGAGGAUUCUGAAUACGUGAUGGAAACUGAGUCUUCGCUAGAAUGUUGGGAACGCUUACACGAAACCAUAGAGGCUAAAGGUCGUGGUCUUGAGAGAGAACAAAGUUGGUGGAUGGAACGGAGGCAAAAGGCUAUAAAAGAUGCCCUUGCUCUCCUAUUUGAGCAACAUCCUCCUCUUCUGCGAGCAUUAUUAGAUACAGGAGAUGCCAUGCUGGUCUAUUGUGCAAGAUUUUGCUCUAUGGAGACAGAAUUAUCUAUUGGAAUGCGUGAAUCUGAUCUUCGAGCAUGGCUCUAUACUGUAGACAUCUCUAGCAAGCAGCUGCUUGAACUGUGCACGCGACCUAUGGCUUUUCGUCCUUCUUACCUCGGUGGUAACCGUCUUGGUCUUAUACUGAUGGAACUACGACGAGAAUUUGUGUUGCGAGGAGCAUUCCCACAUACUCUGCCAGAGCUACCUAUCAGUGUUGAUGUCAUCCUUGGUACUGACUCUCCGACUGAGAGCAUGAUGGUCAGUGAACCAUUUGACAUCCUAUGUCCCGACAACUAUACGGCGCUGUGGAUCAAUCCACUAUUCAUACUUGCAAAGGAGAAAAAAGAUGCGGAGUUGAUGAAUAUCGCCGCUUGGGUCAAAAUACCGCCUCGCCUGAUCACUGUGGAUGAUACCCGGAUCAAUGAGAUUGUCGAAGAGUUGCUGAAGUCAAAUGGAAGGAGUCUCAAUAAUCUCCGAUCCUUACCUUCUGAGGACAUGCGUGCUAUAUUCAUGAAAUUGAGUGGUAUGUUACGGCUAACGCUCAACGAAGUCGACACCUAUUACAAUGACAUGCAAACGCUUUCUGUUGAGGUCAAUCGAAUGCAGGUGAUCCGUCGUGGGCUGGAGGACACUCACGAGCGUGAACGACGACCGGAAAGAGCUGCCGCAGGUCGCGACCGCUUCAUCGACCGCGUCCGCGACAAAUCGCCAAUGCCACCGAUGAUGAUGGGUGGACCGCCACGACGCGAACGCGAUUACAAGAUUCCAACACGGCGACGUAGUCCGUUUGGAGAUGAUCGCAGAAGAAGAGAUAUGGAUCGUCGUCCUCGAAGUCCACCUCAUCGCAUCAAUGACAACCGCAGUCCUGUAAGAAGAAAACCUGCCACACCGCCAGCACCUGCGCCACAGCCGAAACCACCAAAGCAGCCUAAGCAUGUCGAAAGAGAAUUAUCAGAUGGAGAAAUUGUUUCAUCAGAUGAAGAUUGAGCUUAGUAAGCUACUAUUCAUACAUUUUGUUUGUCAUUUCACUGUCCUUUGGUGGAAGCUUAUCGGCGGGUAAUAUUCAGUAUGAAACACUUCCUUGAACUUCUCAUUUAACUGUAAUAAUUUCAGUAUAAAGUAGCUGAGCUUUGUGAACACUAGAAUAGUCAUAUCUUGUUAUAGCUUAUUUCUAGCAGAAGCCGAGCUAAAAAAUUUUGUAAUUUGAACCUUGUUAUUUCUGUUGUUGACAUGUUUUCGUGCUAUGUACUUUGCAGUUUUAUAAGAAAUCUAUUAUUUUCCCUUUAACAUUGUUUCGAUCUCUGU